AUGACGCCAGCCUUGCCGCACGGGAAGAAGCUGGUCCGGAGCCUGGUGCUGGCGCUGGUGGCGCUCGUGGUGUGCGCUGCCUUGGGAGCGCAUGCGCAGUCCUUCCAGGCCCAGAACGUGCUCGUGAGCGACCUGGUGGGGACGUCGGGCCGGACCUACCCGGCGAACGUGCAGUACUGGGACGUCGCCGGCCAGGAGGCCAUACUCUUCACCGUCCCCUCCUCCUCCUUCCUCAUCUUCGAAGACUUCACCACGGGACUGCGCUACGUGGCGUGCGAUCAGGGCUGCCGCGUGGAGGCCCUCUCGUCGUCGUUCCCGCGGCUGGACGCCAACACGGCGUCGACCUCGCGGUUUGCCUUUGGCGACUUCGAGCGCACGUUCGCCCUCCCCAGCGGGGGCCUGCAGACGCUGUCGGCCCGCCCGACCCUCCCGGCCGCGUGCGCCGCCGCCGCCAAGGGCUCCCUCACCCUCACUACCGACCCGUGCCUCCCCUUCGGCCUUCCUUGCGGCACCUCGUGCCUCUGCCUGGGCUGCACCGACGGUGAUCCCUGCACCGUGGAUGACACGUGCGGACUGAGUAAGUUUGGGGCGCUGACGUGCACCGGUGUGGAGACCUGCAAUCGCACCAGCACCGCCAAGACAGUCAUCGCCAUCAACAGGCGCGGAGGAGGUGGCAGCGGCACCGCCGUCGCGUUGGGCGUGGCCCUCGGUGUCGGUAUCGGCGUGCCCGUGGGCGUACUCCUCCUCUUCCUCUUCCUGGUCCUGCCCCUCAUCCUCCUGCCACUCCUUUGGUACUGCCCCACUCCAGCCAACCCCCGUGAGGAGGCGGGAGCGCCGUCCGACUGUGCGGCGGUUCCGAUGGCGGCGGGCUAUGCGCCGGCCACGUACAUGACGGGUCCUGCCGGCACGCCGGUGGCCGUCGGCAAUCCGCUCUACGCCGAGCCCUGGCGCACCGCCGCCAUGCCGCAGGGCGUGACGGGCGCCGCUGGCGCCGCGGGCACGCCGGCCGGAGGCAUCGCGCGCGACAUUCCGGUCUACCCGUAG